ACAACUUCAUCAUCUGUGGCAACCACAACUCCUACCACAACAACUGUGACAACCCCAACAACUCCUGUGACAAUCUCACCAACUCCUGUGACAACUAGGUCAACUCCUGUGACAAGCACAACAACACCUGUGACAACCACAACAACUCCAAUACCCACUACAUCCACUGAAAUAAUUGAUGGAAGAGAAGCAAAAAUAGUUGUUUAUGGUCUUUGGAGCAGUUGGUUUUCAUGGGUGCAAUGCAGUGCGACUUGUGGAGAAGGGGUACAGAAAAGAUCACGUGUUUGCCAGAAAUCUUCACCAACUGAUGUUGACUGUGAUGGUUCAGAGGAGGUCACUAGAGCAUGCAACAAUGGCAGA